CGUACUAUCACCAGCAAGUGGACGCCCACUGCCAUCCAUAACAGAUCACAGAAAUGUCUCAGAUGCGGGCGAUUCUCGUCAAAAACGGUGCUGGACCCAUCGAAAACCUCAUCCUCGGUGAAACGCCAAAGCCAAAGCCAUCACCUACGGAGGUCCUUGUCAAGAUCAAAGCUUUCGGACUAAACCGAAUGGAUCAUCUCCAGCGUGAAGGGCGAUACCCAGUGCCUCCAGGCGCUUCACAGAUUCUCGGUGUCGAGUUUUCUGGUCAUGUUGCUGAACUCGGAUCCGAAGUAUCGCAGUGGAAAAUUAAUGAUGAAGUGUUCGGACUUGCCUCUGGCGGAGCCUAUGCAGAAUAUAUUACUGUGCCCCAGAGUCACAUCAUGCCGAAACCUCCACAUCUAUCCUGGGUGCAGGCCGCUAGUAUCCCUGAAGUCUGGUUGACAGCGUUUCAGGCCCUUGUCGUGGUAGGGAGGGUGAAAGCGGGAGAAGACGUCCUCGUUCAUACGGGCGCUUCGGGCGUCGGAGUGGCUGCGAACCAGCUUGCUCGUUUCUUUGGCGCGAAGACCGUCUUUACCACUGCAUCGACGCAGGAGAAGCUCGACUUCCUGCGUAAUAUGCCGGAUGGUGGACUCAGCGCAACUCACACAAUAAAUUAUAAGACUCAAGACUUCGAGCAAGAAGUCAAGAAGGCAACAAAUGGAAAGGGUGUUGACGUACUGAUCGACUUCGUGGGGCAGAGCCACUGGACUAAGAAUAUUAGCACCCUUGCCGUGGACGGACGGAUGACGAUGCUUGCGCUUCUUAGCGGCGCCGAUGUAUCUAAUUUCAAUCUCGCUCCGAUCCUCUAUAAGCGGCUUCACAUCGAGGGGUCAACUCUGCGCGCUCGGUCCGUCCAAUACCAAUCUGAAUUGAUCAUCCGGUUCAAAAAUGAAGUCCUCCCGGCGCUUGUCGAUGGGAAGCUAAAGACUUACAUUCAUAAGGUGUACCCGUGGACUGAGAUCCAGGAAGCGCACCGUGAGAUGGCGGCGGAUCGGAAUAUUGGGAAGAUCAUUGUGGAGGUGGUGUGACUGGGGAUGCAGGAUAUGUAUUGAAGAAAGAAAAGAAAGUCAACUGUAAUGUGUAAUACCAGAUUGAAAUGUC